AAGAGACUGAAACCAUGAGUCACUUCAACCCAGGACUUAUUUCUGCAUACAACAGUCUCACUGACAAACAUCUUGCUGGAUAUUUCAACAAUACUCGGAUCAGGAGACAUCUCCAAAGAGUUGGACUGAUCACCAGGAGUGGCCGUAUUGUUCCAGACAAGGAGUACCGGCACAAGCUGAUCCAGAGGGCUCACCAGAGACACAUCAGAGAAUGCCUGGCCCAGGCCAUAUUCCACAGGGUCUUGGAGAUGGAGCGUGUCCAUCAAAUAGAGAUCAAACGCAAACUGGAGGAGUUUGCCAGGCGAGAACGGGUGCAUAAGAUGAAGGUGGAGCGCUCCAAAAGGUAUGAGGAGGAUGUCAUCCACAUCUUGUCCCCGCGCCCGCCCACGUGCCCGCGAGGUGCACGCAGGCAGCAUUCUGGUCCAGAAGGAGAGCACUCAGAAACCUCCGAGUCGCCGGGCUCGUCUCGACCCAACACCGCCCCCGGGAAGAUGCAGAGGCCGGUGCGUUUGAGGCCCAUCCACAGCAACAGCACCACGGCCUCCCAGAAACGUAGGUCCCUUCACAGACAUCAGGAGUCCUCCAAUGAGACCGACCAGCCUUUCAACUGCACUAUGGCCAAGGAGCCCAGGAUGCAUUUGACCACGAUGGAGUUCUCCCGUGGCAUCUCCCCUUACUGUCUCCCUAUCAUCAACAACUUCGUCACCCCAGUGCCUCCCUCCACCAAGAGAAAAGACAGGGGUUCAAAGGUCAAUACCAGCAUCUUCAGGGGCCGCAGAUUGCGCCCCACCACUGCUCCUGGUGGAGCUGAUGCCACCGAGUCUCCCAUGUUGAGGACGUCUGUACAACAGAGUCAAGUUCGCGUCCACAUGGUGUUCUUUGGCAAAUCGGUGCAUCUCUCCCACGACCUGAUUGACAUGAGGGACGAGGUCAAAGUCUUCCAGCAACACUGUGGAGGAGAGAACCUGUGUGUGUACAAGGGCCGACUCCAUGAAGGAGAGUCCUUCUGUUUUUUGUCGCGGCGCCACCGUGGUUUCCCCUUCAGCCUGACCUUCUUCCUGAACGGACUGCAGGUGGAGCGCGUCAGCUCCUGCUGCGAGUUCAAACACAGGAAGGGCUCCCGGCUUGGCGGGAGGCAUGGACACUUUGGCUUAUCCAGCGUUGAGGGGGCCUCCCCCUGCUACAAGUGCAUCAUAGCAAUGGGGCUGGACAAAAAGCCAUCCCCUCCUCCUAAGAGAGUGAAAGAGGAUUUUGGGAGAGAGGCCACAAUGAGCUGCCCCACCGAGACCCCCAAGGAUACUCCAGAGAUGGAAAAAGACAACACCGGAAAAGAUCCUGCCUCCCAUCCAGAACCUGAUACCAGCCAGGUCCAGGAAAUGGAGAAUGAAGUCAAAGGAGACAGACCGCCCGAAGUGGGCAAACCCCAAGAUGAUUAUGAAGAGGAUUUUGAGGCAGAUGAUGAAGGGCCUGCUGAAGAUGCUGAGGUAGAUGAGAGGAAAUCUCCAUCUCCGUCCAUUGAGAAAGAAAGGGAGACUGAGGAAAGAGAGGCGUCUGACAGUGACAAUGAUGUCAAAGAUGAGGACAGGAGUUCCCAUUCAUCAUCCAGCUCCUCAGAGAGUGACAGGGAGGCUGAAACUGAAGACACCAAAGAGGACCAAACCAUCGAAGAAUCUAAAGAACCUGAGGAGGAGGUUGUUAACCGAAAUGAAUCCCCAAUUCCACUUGCAGAGGAAGACAAACCGGACUCAGAGGAUGCUGCAGCCACUGAGAGUUGCUUGCCCAAUGCACCGCAAACCUCCACGCCUGCAGGGAAAGACUCAGAAACACAGGACAGCCCCGGGGAAAACACAGGGUGGACAGACAUACAGGUGUUGGACACCAGCUUCCCUUCGGGGAACAAGGGUAAAGGGGACGAGGGUAACUCUGGAGCCAAGUCAGGGCUGCAAGCCCAGAAACAGGAGGAUUGCUCUCCUCAGGUGGAGGAGUCAGAGAGGGCCAAAUCUGAACAGGAGAAGCUAGCAGAGGCCAUUUUGAGGGAGACACCAUGUAGCUCUGAGCCACAGCAAAGUGAUACAAGUACCAAAGUGGAAGAAGACUUGACAAAGAAAGAAUAUCAACAGGACAACAGGGAUGCCGUACCAGAGAAAUCUGUGACUUUUACAAUGCAGCCACAGACCCUCUCAGAGGAGGUGAAUCAUGAGGAAAGUGCUGCCAUUGCUUUUACAAUGCAGCCACAAACCCUCUCAGAGGAGGUGAAUUAUGAGGAAAGUGCUGCCAUUGCAGCUGAAGCAGCAACAAAUCAAGGAGAGACCACAUCUGAGAUGAAGGAACAGGAGAAGGAAACAGAAGCAGGGCCCUGUGAGAGCAUCAACACAGCUAGUGACAGGGUGGCUAAAGCAGAAAAGGCUGAAUCUGAGACUAAUAAGACAGAGGGCAUAGCGGAGAAGGAUAAAUCAGAGGAUGGAGAUGCAAAAGAUGCAUCUCUGUCUCCUGAUUCUGAGGAGAAAAUGGGAGGGUUAGAGGCUGAAGAGCUUCAGGCAGAUGAACCAGCAACACCUUCAGAUGUAGGGGCCACAGAGGCCACCAAGACCCCAGAGACCCGGGAAGAGAAUGGUAAGGAGGAGGAAGUCGUGGCAGAGGCUAACGUGCAGCCUGAUGAGACAGAGCAAUUUUCAGAGAGUGGUAAAAGAAAUGAGCCCUUGCCAUCAGAAAUGAAGGCGAUGACUGAUGAAACAGCAGCCCCAGACAAAACAGAGGCACAGGCAGUGGCAGUGAGCGAGAUGAAUGAGAUAAAAGUGUCAUCCUCGGAGAAGCUGGGGGCAGUCAGUGUUGAAGAGGCUCAUGAAAGUGACAUGGAGAAGUCAGGAGGCAAGGGGGAGGUUGUGGCGGGAGGCUCAGAAGCAGUGGAGAUCUUGAGCGGCUCAUCAGAAAGGAGAGGAGAAACAGCAGUCGAUGCUGAAAAGGCAGCGGAGGCAAUCGAUGUGAAAAUAUUAAAUAAGCCCACAACAGCUGCAGAUGAAGAGGAGGCAGUAGAGGAGGCCUCUCCGGUAGACGCUAGUACGGAGGAUGGUGAACUACCAGAGAGUGUUAAAGGCAAUCAGAUGAAUGACACGGGAGAGGAGGAAACCGAAAGAUCUCUCAAAACUGACGGAGAGGAGGAUGAAAUGGAAAAAAGGAAGCCCGAGGACACUGGGUCAGGAGAUAAAGUGAUUACUCAAAUUGAGAAAAUGGAAAAAGAAAAUAGUGGAAAGGAUGAGGAGGAAAUAUGUAAGAGCAAUGCUGAAAAUACUAUGACAGCUGAAGAAAACACAACAACAAGGAAUGAAGAUGGUGGCGAGGCUCGAUUAGAGGCAAAAGAGGACCAAUCGGAAGGAAAGUUUGAAAAAGGAGAUAAGAUCAUAUAUGAAGACAAGAUUGAAGAAACAGAAAAGUUAGACAGAGAUGAUGAGGAUGGCAAAAUUGGAGACGGUGAAGGUGUCAAAAAUGAAGCUGAUGAAAAAGAGUCUGAAGAAAAGGUGACAGCAACUGAUGAAACUAUCGAAGAUGUAGAAAGGUCUCAUACUGCUGAGAACCAACUUACAAAAACUGAAAACAAAGGGGCAGAGAAUGAGAUGGUAAAACAGUCUAUUGAAAAAAUUGUUGGAUUAGAUGAUGCAUUGGACCAUAAAUCAGUAGACCAGGUAAGCGGAGCUAUAGCCGAGGAGAUCAAAGGCAAUGCAACGGAAGCAACAGAUGUUCAUGGAGAAAGCCAAAAAGAGGGCAACAGUGAAAAGGAAGACACCGAUGCUGAAAAUGGAGUGAUAGACAGAGAACAGAGAAAAGACCAGGGGGACGAGGAAAAGGUUGACACACAAGACACAAAAGAUAACAUGGAGCCAGAGGAGAAGAGUACAGUGGUCCAAACAGAGGUGGAGGUACUCUCUAGAGCAGAGGUUGGACAGACUUCUGAUGACCAUGAAGAGACAAUGGAUGGACGUGAAGAUGAUGGGCUGGAUCAGGUUCCCAGCACUGAUAAAAGGGAAAAGGAAUCUGAAACAGGAAACGAUAACGUGUAUAGCCAGCAUGAUUUGCAACAGGUGGAUUCUGUUUUGGAGGUUAAAGAAAAGGCUAUAGUUGAAGAUAAAUUGGAUGAGAUCAGCCAAGAGGCCAAGGAAACAAAACAACAUCCUGACAAAAAGGAGGACAAACACUCAGAUAUUGAAAAUGAAGCCAAUGGUGAAACUGAAGACAGAAAUUCAGAUUUGAAACAAGAGAAUAAUAACGUGGAAAAUAAUAUCAAAGAAUUAACAGCUGUGUAUCAGGCCCCAUUUUCAGAACCUACAGCUGUUAGUUUUGACAGUGCAGCAGAUAUAGUGGACAAAGCGAUAGAAAAGUCCAUAACACUUUCAGAAUCAAAGAUCAACAAACUCCCAAACAGGGAUGAAAAUACUGCUGCAGACGGAGAAGACACAGAGGAGGCAAGCAAGCCAUCAGAGGAAGGCGGAAGUGUGGUGCUCAACCCUCAAGCAGAAUCGUUGCAGCUCACGCACAAUGUAGCAGCUCAUGCCAAAGGGAACAGUGCAUCUAGUAAAGAAGCUCACAUACUGGAGGAAACUAUUGAAACUGAGCCACAUGCCAUAACUCCAGAGGUCUUAGAAAGAGAGGACAACAGGGAUCUAGUCACAAACUGGGUGACCCUUCAUCAAACAUCAAAGUUCUUUGAGAAAUUUGUGGAACCUUUGGAUGACUUGAAGGCAUCGACUUUAGAUCAUGCUGCCAGAGUGACUAGUUCUGAGACAAAAGAAGAAGAAGAACCAAGAACCACGCCUUCCGAAUCAGAGAGUCCAGUUAAAAUGUCAGAGAUGCCCAAGCAUGAAGCUGGAGUUGAUGCCAGCACUGACAGCAUAGCAAAAGAGGUAGAACCCACACGAAAUGAUGACAAUGAACCCGACAACAAUACGAAAGUAGAAUCCACACAGUCAGAACUCAGAGGCAAUCGCUCAAAUGGCAAUAACCCUGGUGAAAGUGAAACCACAGGAGAUAAAAUGGAAGUGAGUGAGGAGACUGAGGUCAAAGCCAUAAACCUCAUUAAAGAAACUGAACAGAAUGGGAAUGAACCCAUGGCUUUGCCAGUAAGGCAAGAUGCAACACAUUCAGGAGAGCACAAAGACACUGCUGGACCAUUUGAAGAAGACAAGGAUCAAGAUGCAUCAACAAAGAGGGAAACUGAGCAAACUGAUAGUUCAACAACUGAGGUUGAAAGCACUGCAGGUACCCACCACCCAUUUGAACUCGUCAGACCUGAGAGAGCCACUGAGGACCAAAAAGAGGAGAAAGCAACAAAAGAUGAUCCAGAGAUAAAAGAAAAGCAAACAACAGCUGAGGAGACAAAAGAUCUCCCAUCCCUGUCCGACACUGAAGGACAUCAAGAGCACGUAGACAGUACAGAGAGGCUCUACCAUUCUGAUGACAUGAAAGCAGGGGAACAUGAAGAUACCAAAGAAGAACAUGACGGUAUAGAAGUUACAGAAGUAAUAGAUUUCACAACAACUUCCAAGUCAGAAGAUGGUAGGUACGGGGACUCCCAGAGUGAACAAAUCCAAUCUAAAUCUUCAGAUGGGGGCCUCAGUGGAAGCAACAAAGAUGUACAGUUGAUUGAGGACAUCAAACAUACCCUUAGCAAAGACCGCUUGAGUACUUUCUCUAUGGAUGAGACUUCGCUGUUUGGUCGCAAUUCAUAUCCUCUCUUGACUACUACAAGGACAGAGAGUAGUUAUUAAAACAGCAUACUGCAGAAGGGCACUGAAAUACAGAAAGUCAGCUGACGGGUUUCAAAAGCAAUCUCUGAAAAAUUACUUACACUUAAUUCAGCACACAGCAAUGCAAGAAGAUAUGCACAGCGCUUAUGACAAUCAACUGGUUCCAUGAAGACCUAGAUGUGUGUAUAUUCAUACUGAUCACCAAACGUGAUUUGUCUCAUUGGACAGUUCUUCUACUUAAUGGGUGUGGGAGUCAGUCAGCUAAAAUCAAGAUGGCUCAAUGCAGAUGAGAUGCAGAAGCCCUCAAGUGAUGUCCAUGUAUACAACAAAAGCUUGAAUAGUCUUUAUUUUUGAUUAACUAAUGAAAGAGGAUGUGUAUUAAGUUUUGAUUGUCGCAUGAAAUGUUUACAAUAGCUCAUCUCUUACUCUUGCUGGUGCCUAACAAAGAGUCAUAGCAUGCACAAGGUAUCAGAUACACAUGCUAUCGCUAAUACCCUGUAAACAGAUACUCUUCCCCUCACACUACACAAAUGAUUGAAUAAUUCAUAGAUGUUUAAGACUCCCAUGGCUUAGUGUGCCCUCAGGCACCCUCGCACACUUUUUAAAUCUCCAUUGACUGACUCAUUGGGCAAAAGCACAAUACUGACUUUUUACUUUGAUCUCAACGAUUUCUUGUGUCUGUUUUGCACAGCAGAGGGUAAUACUGUUUAUGUGUUAACGUGGGCUGACAUUUUUAGUCAAGGCUUCAACAUAUACUACCCUACUAUACCCUACAUAUACUACCCUAAUCAUGAUUAUUAGAUCAUGAAAACAUCAUUAGUGUAUUGGUUCAAGUACUAAAAGUUGAGACUAUGAUGUAUUCAGGAAGGGACAUUGAUAAUUCAACCUUGCUCUGAGAACCUUGAUCCUUAGACUAAUUGACUUAAAAAGUCAAUUGAAUUUAAAUUUAAUUAAUCUUUUUUAUUUAAUCAUAUAAUUAUAUAUAUUUAUAUAUUCUUAUAUAUUAUAGAUAUACGAUAUAUAUUAUAUAUAAUAUUAAGUAUAUAUUUAAUUAUCUAAAUUUAAUCAAUUUUAAAAAAGACUUAAAAAAAAUGGCAAAAUUGUGAUAUGUCCAAUGUAGUCACUUUGUCAGUUCAUCAUUGUUCCCUCUAGUGCUACCUCUUAUUUAACAGAUAUGGUACUUUUCAUUUCAUCCUUUUUGCCUGAUUUUCAUAGUUAGUGAUGUUCUAUGAAGAUUUCCAUUUCAUAUCUGUCAAACCCAAUGAUGAGCAGCUUGUGUGAUUUGGCCAUUAAA